AUGACCUCUGAGCCGGAGCAUUCCCCAUUUCUGGUCAGCGUCAAGCACGGCUUCAUCCACGUCGACAUUGACCGCCAGCCGGCUUCGCUUCGUGCGAGAACAAUGUCACCUCGCCGAGCCGAUCGAUCCAUCAAGGUACAGCAGGAGGAGUCGGAGUGGCUUCGUCAAGCGCGGGAGUUGAGUCGGACGGUGGCGAGCCCGCCCUUGACUCCGGAAGAGAGGCGCCUGAACUCGGCGCUUCGGGGCCUCGUGCGGCGCCACGCGCGGGCGCUGAAGUGCGGUGGAGUGGGGCUUCACCUCUCGGAUCUGGGUAAGCUGAGCAGAGACGACCGGGAAUGGCAGGCCGUGGUGGGGAGUCCCAUGUCCAAGGACCUGGUGGCGAGGGUGGUGAGACCAGGAGACGUUGAACUCCAGUUCAAUUCGGAGAGUCACAAGGAGGUGAUAAUCUUGAAGUAUAGAAUCUAG